AUGGGGACAGUGGGGAGGAGUGAGAAGAGACAGCACUCUACCAGUCAGGAGGAAUAUUGUCCUCAGAUGGGAUGUCACAAGCAAAAUCCUCAAGCUCCUCGGAACAGGAGCCCUCUGGCCUCCAGUUCUGCCUCUCUGGAGGCUGUGCCUGAGCAGAGAACCAGGAGGAGAGGCCAGAAGAGGAAGAGAUUGAUGGACAUCAAGGCAGCUGCCCAGGAGAGCAGCCCCCCAGCCUCCAAUUCCACCUCCUCAGAAGCUGUCUCCGAGCUGAAGUCCUGGAAUAAGAGAGGGCAGAAGAGGACCAUGUGGACUGUCAAUCACGUCGAGGGAACAAAACUCAGGAUGAACAAGAGGAGAAGACCCAGUUACCGUCCUGAAGACCAAGAAGCAUUCUACCGACUUCUGGAGGAUCCUGUUAUCCAGAGCUUUUUGGAAGCUGACAUUUUCCUCAAAGUGUCUGACAAGUACCUGCUUUCCAUGGUGGUGGAGUACUUCGGCCGCGUGGGGCUGCCCGGACACCUCUACAACAGGAUCCACUUCUUCCUGGCCCUUUACAUCGCCUCUGACAUGGAGGAGGACAACCCCACCUCCAAGCGGAGCAUCUUCCAGUUCCUGUUGGGCAGGGAUCACUGGCCAGACCUCUACAAGGAGUUUCUGCAGCUGAAGAUGGAGUUCUUCUACGCAAUGGGGCUCCAAGCCUGGGUCACCCCGGAGUUGUGCGAGGAGAUCCAGGCCCAGAACCCACACCACUGGGUCUGGAGUCGAACGCGCCAGUGCACCCCCUAG